UGUCCAUUUCUGCGUGUCUUGCUUUCUGACAGUACAUUUAAAGCGGAUAAACUAUAAUAAAAAUUGAAUCAUUUGAUUACCAUUAUUAUUAUUAAUAUUUACGCCUAAUAACAUGUCCACGGGGCUCGUUAACGCGAGGGCAAAGGAAUAUUUACAUUUACAUCGAAUUGAUAAGCACAAAUGUAGUCACAGUUCUGCCAAUUCGUCCUCUUCGUCGUCGGCAUCCUCGGAGAGUUCUCGUUCCCGUCAGCGUCGGUCGGACGGUGAAGUCUAUGGCAGCCGUCAUCACAAUUACAAUUCAAAAUCGAAUUCUCAACAUCGUCGGCGUUCGCGCUCCGGGUCAGAUUCGCCAGUGCGCCAUUAUUCAGGCCGAACAUCUCGCGAUCGCCAGCGCAUGCGUCAGGCACGCGAUCAUCCACAGGCUAGCCGCUGUAUUGGAGUCUUUGGUCUAAAUACAAACACCACCGAGCAGAAAGUACGCGAAUUGUUUAAUAAAUUUGGACCCAUUCAACGCAUCCAAAUGGUCAUCGAUGCUCAAACUCACCGUUCUCGCGGAUUUUGCUUCAUUUACUUUGAGAAUCUCAGUGAUGCACGGGUAGCCAAGGAUGCCUGUACAGGAAUGGAUGUGGAUGGCCGCCGUAUACGCGUAGAUUAUUCGAUAACACAACGUGCGCACACACCCACUCCUGGUGUGUACAUGGGACGCCCAUCACGCCCACCGGGCAGACGUUCUCGUGAGCGUGACUAUAGCAACCGAGAUAGCUAUCGUUCGCGGCGCCGCCACCGCGAAGAAUCAACGUCAGUGUCGCCAUCGAAUCGUCGUAAAUAUCGCAGCCGUCAUCGCUAUGAACGUAGCCGUAGUCGCUCUCGCAGUUACUCCCGUUCUCGUUCACCACGCAAGCCGGCUCGCGUCCCAUCACGUUACUAAUGUGCCGAUAAUUGCGUGCUUAUGUGAAUGACAAGUUCGCAUGCACAGCAAAUGCAAAGGCUCAGCACGAGGAUAUAGACUGAAUUGUUUUGUUUUUAAAUCCCUACACUUAUCCCAUAAAUCGUUUGGUAGCAACAUCUGUAUAAUUAAUAUUAUAUAGUUUUCAUCCCGCCUAACCAUAAUUGAUUGUUUGUCAAUAUCGUUGCAUCCUUGUACGUUUUGUAAAACGUGUCACCACACAGAAAGCAUCCCGUGUAUAUUACGCGUUCCAUCCUCGUAACUUAACGCGCGUAAAACACAUUGUGAUAUGUAUUUUAAAAGCAACUGCGUGAAUUGAUAACAAUAAACUAAUA